AUGAACUUGCAAAACAUUGGAAUUGUGAUAAAAUAGCUUGACUCGAGCCUUGAGGGUCUUAUUCAGCCAAGUACAACAAUCGAUUGGGGAACCGUCUUCUUCCCUUUUUUUUUUUUCGUUUUCCUCGCUCAGAUAUUCCAUGCGCAUAUUGCAAUAUUGAAUGCUCGGCCUGCGGCGGUACAAGGCGAAGGGAAUCGAGGCGGAAUGGGCGGAAGGACACGCCCCCUUGUGUGCCUAGGCUAUAGAUGAUGGUGCUGCAUAUAGCAUAUAGCAUAUAGCACGCGCACAUUCCCACACUGAAAAGAAGUGCCUUCAACUGUAAGGCGAAAAUAGAAUAGAACUCACAAUGACAAGCAAAGGAUUUUCAAUCGCUAUGCGGCUCGGGGCAAGGCCAGCUGAAUGCUGGACAGGCAUUGCGCAUACGCCGCGUUGUGCGAGAAGUGCCCAGCGAUGCGGAAUCAGAGCAGAGGGAAAAAAUCGCAGCCGUAAAUCGAAUAAAACUGCAGCAAACGCCAUUAAAUUUUUUUUUGUUUUUUUAUUCGACUGCACUUAAUUGUGGUGGCAAAUUAAAUUUUUACACAACUGGGUCAAGAGAUUAAAGGGGCAUAUGUCGAGCAUACGCCAUGUUGUCCAGACCAAUUAGGGAGCCAACUCGAUGGGAAAGUUAUUACAUAUUGAUAUACGGUCCGGCAACGACUAUCGCGCAUGGAGCUUAUCAUUAGCAAUUGGCUAGCCUCCAAGUGAAGCACAUCUCCUUUUUUCCCUUUAUUUAUUUUUUCCUUUUGUGAUUUAUGUCCUCGUCAUUGGUUAAGAAGAGGAAGAACAGGAGGGAAGUCGAUGGGCUGACUGGCUGGUUGGUUGGUUGGUUUCUACGCAGUUUUGCUGACCUGACAGCGGCGGCAACAGCUUCCGCUCUUAUUUAUGGCUCUGAGGAUUCCCAUUCGGGCAUUGCAUAACUUAGGUCGAGCAAACCGAUAAGUGGUUGGACAUUCACUUGAGGAAUGGCCUCUUAAAGUAGCUCACCCACACUUCCUGCGGAAUUACCUUGGCAUCUCUCUCGAGUGAAGAUCAUAAAUUUUCAUCUACUUUUUAUUAUGUGUUACGUACGCAUUCAUAUCGACUUUCUGCUGUUUUUUUUAACCAUUCUUUUUCACUUGAACUUUUUAGUCUUCCCGCCAGAUUUUUCCCGUGAAAAGUUUUAAUUAUAAAAGUUUGGGCAAACGUUGCGGCAAACACAUAGAACAAGAAAUACGACAUGCCGCAAUGCCAGAAAUCAGCAGAAACAAAGGAGUGAAGUGGAUUUUCCACAACCAAGGCUGACCUCAAUUCUCCAGACAUCUUCAUCAUAAAUCCGGAGGGUAAACAAGGCCAGUGAAAACUAAUUAAUUGGUUUUACUGGCUCCGGCAAUCGAUAUUAAACGCUUCCAUAAGAUAAAUUCUGCUUCUGCUUCAGGUGCUUACUGCAAACCACAGAGUGUUAAAUUGCAGUUUGCAUAGUUGAGCAAACAAGUGCAAUAACUUGGUCUAUACUAAAUAGAAGUUACAUUUGUGAAAUUGUUUACGGUAUUCUUGAAACAAAUUACUUUUAUAUUGAGUUAAACAAAUCACCUUGAACGCAUAAAUUGCAAUCAAUUAAAUUGAACCAAUUGCAACUUAAACUGCUUUUCCUGUUCAACAUAUUGUUGUUUAAAGAUUACCGACUAUUUUCCUUAUAGAAUUUUGCAUAAUAUUUCUCACAAUUUUCUCUCUUUCAAUAUUUUUUUAUUGCGACAUUGUCAUGGAUUCGUGGUGUCAUACCCUUCGGAAAAGUGUAUGACAAAACAACGAGCAACGCACAUGGCACUUAUGUAAAUUGCAGCCUGCCAGGAAAAAGCGAAGAGGGCGGCUUUUGGGCUGGGAAAAAUAUCCAGAGGACGCAGAGCCACGACAACUGCAAUUGCAAGUGCAAAUGGAGGAGUGCAAAUGUGGCAAAAAGAGCAGAAAAUAUGGGGAGGUGGGAAAAGGGGGAGUGGUAGGGGGUGUUGGUUGUUUUGUGCGCUUGCCACGAAGCUUGACACUUUUCGUUCUCACUCAGAAACCCCCCAAAGCCCCAAUGCUCGGAUGCGAAAAUUGCAUUGUCAGCUUAGAAUGGCGUCAACUGUUGCAGUUGCUCCAUUCGCUUCCCGUUCCCUUACUCUUUUCACGGCUUUUCUGGCGAAUUGGCCAUUUUAAUUGUUGUUGCCGUUAAUUGGAGUACUGUGAAGUUUAUUCGCCUCCUAAUUGGAUUGAGAUUUUCUCGCGCCAAGCCGAGAUUUAUCCAGUUUCAAAGGGUCUAAAUCGAAACAAGACACGCAACAGCAAAAGCUGAAGGGCCAAUAACUAAAGACCAUGGUAACACCAUCCGUUGUCAUGUUGAGCCCUCUAUCUUUCUGUUUCCCCAGCCCUUCGGUCUUUCCGUUACACAAUGGCCCUGUAUUUAAAGAUAAUGCUUAUAGGAAAUUUAUUACAUUUGCCCCACGACGAAGGCGAAAAGAAAGUGAAGCUAAAUGCGUGUAUAAAGCAAAAAUAAAUGAUACCCGGCUAAAGGCACCUGCUGAGCUUCCAUUCUCCACCUCCACUUGCUGCCAAAGAGUCUUAGCCAUCAUCAUUGCCAUCAGUAACCCCCAUCCAAGCUGGCUUUCUCUCUGGGGGAGUUAUGUGAAUAUUACAGAUACAUAUUACUUUAGGAACAAUAUGGAAGUCAAACCAUUAAACCAUUUUUAGUUCAACUUUAAUCUUAAGUUGAAUAUAUCUUAUAUCAUAUUGCAAGGGUAAAGUGGUCCCUAAAUCUGUUCCGAUAUAUUUCAAACGAUUUCAUUAUAACAUCUAUAUAAUAUUUCGCAUUCCUUCUGAACUUAAAAAUAGGAUUAAUGGUAUGACAGUUCAGCUAAAGUAUCGCUUCUUUCCCAGAAUUCAUACGAUAAUAAUUCUUCCCUAAUUCGGAAGAGAACUACAUAUAUUUUUUUGAGCACACAAUCUGUUUGAAAUACUGCUAUAGCUACCCUCGCCAUUUGGCAAAUGCCAUACCCUGUCAGAGGCGCAACAGCCAGCGAAUGAGGCUGGGAAAAAAUCCACAUUUGACAAAUUACCAGCUAGCAGGUAAACAGAAGGCGGAUAAGCCCGGUCCUGAAAAGCGACUCGGGGAAAACAGCUACAAGCAACAAGCAGGAAAUUGGAAGGAAAGCCGGGAUGCAGGACGCCGCGGGCGGACCAUCCACAUAAUCAUGGCCAUGUGUAGCUAUUAAUAAAAGAUGAACGAAACAUUAAACGCCUGCAUAAACGUGAGUCAUCCAUCCAUCGACACGAUUGCCCUCCUUAUUUACGAUUUGGCCAUGUGACAUUUGACUUUUCAUGCUCAGCCGAUUUCUAUUUUCAUAUCGCAUUUAAAAUCUGCUUUCUUUUUUAUUCCACGCUUGUGCUUCACUGUAUUUACUUUGCGAGCUUUUUUUUAUUAGCUUUUAUUUUCAAUUAAAGUGAGCUGCACAAACAUAAAUAUCUGGCGGAAAGUGUGCUAUCAAAUAUUCAUGGAGAGCACAGACGAGGGCGAAAACAAGCCAGGGAAAAUACCGAGCAUAAAUUAUUCAAAGCGAGAAUUGAUGAACAAACUGGUCAACACAGAUUGGAGCUCUUUGAGUCACGGAUUGGCCCAAUCAGCGGAAUCGAGUUCGAUGGCAGAUUGGUAAUUCAUUGCCCAAUCCGUUUGCCCACAAAGGUGGCAAAAAUAAAUCAACCCAGAGGUGAUUAUAAAGUCUGGCCUUUUUUCCGAAUCUGUCCCACAACAAAGGCGUUGUUUAAGUAUGAUAAUUACAUAUACUUCCCGCAGAACAACAGUUUGGUAAUUGCAUGCCACCAUAAACUCGAAUAGUUGCCACCGUUUGGACAUAAUCAUACUUGUAUAAUUAAGCGCCCAGUGCCUCCCCUUCGUUCCCUGACUAAACCACUUAAUAUGAUUGCCCAACGGCUGUCGCAGCUAGCGAGGCUUAAACAUUAAGGGAAACGAGCACCUAAGCCAUAUCCAUUUGGCAGGACGACAGCGAUAAGCCCGGAAAUGCGGCUAAGAAACAUAAUCAUCAAAGCAAGUCGGGGGAAAAUAUCAAAAGCAGGUUAAGUAGAAGGUCCCAUCAAAAUAUUACGUUUAGGCGGCUUUAAAAAGCAUAAUGAAGAUGAGCAAGGUUAAUUAGGCUAAAAGUUGACGGCAGCGUCUAAAAAUAGGAAAACGGAAGGAAAAUACCGCUCUGCAUGCAAGUGACAGGUGGACCGACAUUUCUGUGUACCCAGCUCUUGGAAGCCUUUUCGUUCCGGUUUCUGCGUUUGCAAGACGUCUCGCUUUUGCAGGGACAGGCACACCUGCGGCGAAUGCCGAAUGGAGAGUGCCGAUUGUGGCCUCCCUGGCUGCCAUUCGGAUGCCCACAACAAAGGAUAUUGGAUUUUGGAUGAAGGAUUGCGCAGGCACUGAAUCACAGGAUGGAAAUAGGGCUAAAAAUACACAUCAAUAGACAGCAUAACGUAUUAUUCGUAUUGUGACGUAUGAACAAAAAUCUAGAACCUAAAAGAAGCUCUACAUUCAUUAUUACUCUUUUAACUCUUUAAAGUAAUUUUUAAAUUUCAGUGCAUUUAUCACUUUCUGUGUACCUUAAAUUUGAAGCCAAAGCUUUGAUAUUUUAUCCCCAUUUUUCUUGUAAGCUAUCAAUAUUAUGUUUCCUUAACCCUUUUCUGUUUAAAGUAUAGAAUUUUGUGGAUGUGA